GUGUAAAACGAGGACGAAACAGGAAGACGCUUCAAUGUAUGCUCUGUUUAUAACGAGCUUGGGAUGAAUAUAUUUCUGGGUACUUGUGGAAAAGCCUGUAGUUUUUUGACAGUUUUUGUUGUGGCACUUGCCGCUGUUUUUCAGUAUCUGGAGAAUUCAGAGACAGACGAGAUCCCAAGAAUGGAUCUGCAUGCAAUGGCAGAGAAAUACCGGCAGAAGAACAGAACGUGUUUUAUUCUCGGCGCUUCUGGCGAGAGUGGAAAAGUGCUACUGAAAGAAAUAGUUGAGCGCAAACUCUUCUCCAAGAUCACUCUCAUUGGACGAAGGCAGUUAACCUUUGAGGAUAAAACCUAUGAAAAUCUGGAGCAAAAGGUGGUUGAUUUCGAAAAGCUGGAGGAGUAUGCAGAGGCUUAUCAGGGUCAUGAUGUGGGAUACUGCUGUCUAGGUACCACCAAAGCCAAAGCUGGAGCUGAAGGGUUUGUGCGGGUAGAUCAUGACUACGUUCUCAAGGCAGCAGAACUUGCCAAAGCAGGAGGUUGCUCUCAUUUUCACCUUGAAUCCUCCAAAGGUGCAGACAAAACCAGCAGCUUUCUCUACCUGAAAACUAAGGGGCAGGUUGAAGCGGAAGUUGAGGAGCUCGGCUUUGAGCGCCUCUCCAUUUAUCGACCAGCGGUGCUAUUGGUGGACCGACAAGAGAGCAGGCCAGCGGAGUGGGUGGCCCGGAAAUUUCUUGGUCCAUUCUCCUCUGUUUUUCCUACUGCAAUGUCCAUUCCCAUAACAUCAGUGGUCAGAGCAAUGGUUGCCAACACACUUAAAGAUGGAGAAAAUAGUGUGGAAAUCCUUGAAAAUAAGGCCAUAUACAAUCUUGGGAAAACUGAAUGAAAAACAAAAAGAUUGUUUCUCAUAUUUCAUUUUCAAGAAGUGCAAUUAUAGCAUGGUAUGAUUUCUUGAUAAACCAAAAUAUUGUUUUAAUUCCAUUUACAAAGACUUGAGCUAUUAACAUGUACAGUUGAAGUCAGAAGUUUACAUACACCUUAGCCAAAUACAUUUAAACUCAGUUUUUCACAAUUCCUGACAUUUAAUUGUUGAAAACAUUCCCUGUCUUAGGUCAGUUAGGAUCACUACUUUAUUUUAAGAAUGUGAAAUAUGAGAAUAAUAGAAGAGAGAAUGAUUUCUUUCAGCUUUUAUUUCUUUCAUCACAUUCCCAGUGGGUCAGAAGUUUACAUACACUUUGUUAGUAUUUGGUAGCAUUGCCUUGAAAUUGUUUAACUUGGGUCAAAUGUACUUGUAGCCUUCUACAAGCUUCUCACAAUAAGUUGCUGGAAUUUCGGCCCAUUCCUCCAGACAGAACUGGUGUAACUGAGCCAAGUUUGUAGGCCUCCUUGCUCGCACACGCUUUUUCAGUUCUUUUUUCUAUCGGAUUAAGGUCAGAGCUUUGUGAUGGCCACUCCAAUACCUUGACUUUGUUGUCCUUAAGCCAUUUUGCAACAACUUUUGAGGUAUGCUUGGGGUCAUUGUCCAUUUGGAAGUCCCGUAUGUGAUGAGCUUUAACUUCCUGGCUGAUGUCUUGAGAUGUUGCUUCAAUAUAUCCACAUAAUUUUCCUUCCUCAUGAUGCCAUCUAUUUUUUGAAGAGCACCAGUCCCUUCUGCAGCAAUGCACCCCCACAACAUGAUGUUGUACCCCCAUGCUUCACGGUUGGGAUGGUGUUCUUUGGCUUGCAAGCCUCACCCUUUUUCCUCCAAACAUAACAAUGGUCAUUAUGGCCAAACAGUUACAUUUUUAUUUCAUUUGACCAGAGGACAUUUCUCCAAAAAGUAAGAUCUUUGUCCCCAUGUGCACUUGCAAACUGUAGUCUGGCUUUUUUAUGGCAGUUUUGGAGUAGCGACUUCUUUCUUGCUGAGCAGUCUUUCAGGUUAUGUCGGUGUAGGACUCGUUUUACUGUGGAUAUAGAUACUUGUCUACCUGGUUCCAUUCAGCAUCUUCCCAAGGUCCUUUGCUGUUGUUCUGGGGUUGAUUUGCACUUUUCGCACCAAACUGCAUUCAUCUCUAGGAGACAGAAUGCGUCUCCUUCCUGAGCGGUAUGAUGGCUGCGUGGUACCAUGGUGUUUAUACUUGCGUACUAUUGUUGUUUCAGAUGAACGGGGUACCUUCAGGCAUUUGGAAAUUGCUCCCAAAGAUGAACCAAACUUGUGGAGGUCCACAGUUUUUUUUUUUUUUUUUGAGGUCUUGGCUGAUUUCUUUUGAUUUUCCCAUGAUGUCAAGCAAAGAGGCACUGAGUUUGAAGGUAGGCCUUAAAAUACAUCCACAGGUACACCUCCAAUUCAGUACACCUCCUAUCAGAAGCUAACUGGCUAAUUGCCUAAAGGCUUGAUAUCAUUUUCUGGAAUUUUCCAAGCUGCUUAAAGGCACAGUAAACUUAGUGUGUGUAAACUUCUGACCCACUGGAAUUGUGAUAUAGUCAAUUAAAAGUGAAACAAUCUGUCUGCAAACAAUUGUUGGAAAAAUUACUCAUGUCAUGCACAAAGUAGAUGUCCUAAAUGACUUGCCAAAACUAUAGUUUGCUAAUAUUAAAAUCUGUGAAGUGUUUAAAAAAUGAGUUUUAAUGACGUCAACCUAUGUAUAAACUUCUGACUUCAGCUGUGCAUUGUUAAUAACAAAUCCUUUGUAUUACAUAAGGGAGUGUUUCUAUAUCCUCCACAUUGGACUCUUAUGCCUUUUUUGGUAAAUGUAUGUGAAUCAAAGUUGUGUGUACAGUGAUAUUAAUGUGUGUUUAACUAUGUAAUAUGUAUUUGCUUAGUUUAAGCAGAUCCUGCAGGGUGUGAAUACUGUGUCAUGCUGUCAUGACUAAUUGUAAUAGUGAACAAAGAGAUUAUAUGGAAUACAUAAACUGAUUUCUGCUUAAAAUAA